CAACAUGCGCUCCUCUGGGGGACAAUAAUGUUUGAUUUGACUCGGGGACAGACACGCUGUUAUUAUGUAAAAGGCUUUCGUGGGUGUCUAACUGCGCUGGCUUCCUCUCUUCCUCUCGGUGACUUCAUCGGUGACCAGCCACUGAAUAUUCAAUGAAAAAGCAACGGGACUUCUCGGUUUACGACAGAAGUGUGGGAACGGUGGGCAAGAUGGCGGCGCUGAAGGAGGAGCGGUGCUACGGACUGUCCUGUGGAAGAGUGAGCAACGGCGGCAAUGUCACCGUCUUCCACGUCAAACUCACUGACAGCGCGCUGAGGGCGCUGGAAGGCUUUCAGAGCAGCAAGGUCCUGUCACUACAGCCAUUGAUCAGAUUUAAUGGAAACCAAGGGAAGAUUUCAAUACCACGGUCAGAAACGUCCGGCGAGCUGCAAACGUUUACCUUCGACCUGUCGAACGUGGGCAGAGAUAACCCCCAGGGCAGCUUCGACUGCAUCCAGCAGUACAUCACCAGUGACGGGAGUAUUCAGCUGGAUUGUCUGGGCGGCAUCCAGGACAAGAUCACAGUGCGAGCCACCGAUGACUCCUACCAGAAGGCCAGAGAAAGCAUGGCCCAGGUUGAGGAGGAGACUCGCAGCAGGAGCGCUAUUGUCAUCAAGCCAGGGGGAAGAUACGUAGGCAAGAAAGUCCAGAUCCGUAAACCGGCUCCGGCCCUUUCGGAUGUGGCGCCCUCGCGGAGGACGUCGCGGCCCGUCCUCAUCUCCAGCAGCACGCAGAAGAAAUGCACGACUCAGCACCGGCCUCUCCGUGAGCGCCUCGUCCACCUGCUGGCCCUGAAACCUUACAGAAAACCCGAGCUGAUUCUCAGGUUGCAGAAGGACGGCCUUUCACAACUAGACAAAGAAUCCCUGGACAGCCACCUGCAACAGGUUGCCAAUCUAAAUGGGAAAGAAAAUACCUUCACAUUGAAGGAUUUUAUGUAUAAGGAGGUCCAGAAGGAUUGGCCCGGGUACACGGAGGGAGAUCAGCAGCUUCUCAAGAGAAUCUUGUUCAGAAAACAGGCCCAGGCCGGUUCUGCACCGGUACCAGAGAGUCCUCCCAAAGAGCUGGGAUCCAGUUCUCCGUCUCAGAAGCGACCUGCUGCUGACUUCAUUGAUCCUCUUGCCAACAAAAAGCCCAGAAUAUCACACCUUGCCAGCAAGGCUGCAACGGUCCAGGUGAACGGGAAGCUCGGGCCGUCCUGCGGCAGAGGAGAUUCUGCCGCGUUGGUGCCCGCCGUGGCGCCCCCAGCGGCGCCUGCAGCAGCGCCUGCAGCAGCACCCGCAACGGUGCCCUCAACGGCGCCCGCAGCGGCGGGGUCGACGUCCGAAGGCGGCGUAACGUCCGCCUCCCAGCCGCUCCCGCUGCUUGACAUCCCUCGUCCCUUUGAGGCUUUGUCGGACGUCAGCAACGACUCCAGCAACAACGGGCGGGACUGCGACUCUCAGGAGACGGCGCUGUCCGAGCGGCUCAGUCAGCCGCCGUCGUUCCUGUCCGCGUCGACGGUGGCCUACGCGCCUUGCAUCGGCACGUCAUCCUCCGGGCACACUGUGCUGGAGGGCCCGCUGGACAAUAGCCCUCCCGCCAUUAACAACAAACCUAAAAAGAAGUCAAAAAAGCAUAAAGACAAGGAGAAAAGCAAGAACAAGGGGAAAGGGAGAGAGAAGGGGAAAAAGGUCGGUCAGGAAGCGGCGUCUGAGCCCAAAGCAAGCUGUGAGACGAGCCUGAGAAACUUCAAGAACAACAGUAUUGCAUUUAAAAGCACAGAUCUGAAUGGGAUGUGCAAAACUACCAGUAUUCCUUCAUCAUCUCCAGAAGUGGCAGAUUAUUUAUUGAAGUACACAGUGAUCAACUCCCCGGAGCAGCGGCAAAGGUAUAAAAACGAUUUCAACGCAGAGUACAGUGAGUACCGGGGUCUGCAUGCUCGGAUAGAGGGCAUCACCCGGCAGUUCACCGUGCUCGACAACGAGCUGAAGCAGCUGCAGCAAGGCACAGACAAGUACAAGUCGAUCCACAAUCAGAUACUUCAAGAGUAUCAUAAAAUAAAAAAGACUAAUCCAAACUAUAGCCAAGAGAAGAACCGCUGUGAAUAUCUACACAACAAACUGGCCCAUAUAAAGAAACUUAUCGCGACGUACGACCAUCAGCAACUUUAAGCGCAGUUACUGGAGACUGUUUCCCUGUUAUCCCUGGAAACCAGGCAGAUAAGAGGAAAACUCUGGAUCCCUCUUCCACUAGAAGAAACGUCACCAAGGGACAAAUCCCGUUUGUUGGGGCUCGGCAGGAUUCACGAUCUGUUUCCUUUGCCUUUCCCCGUUUUGUUUUCUGGUUGUUGUUUUUUUUUUUUUUUUUUUUCUUUAAGGAUGGGGCCCAGGUAUGUGAGUGUAGAUG